CAAUAGUUCUAACUUUGUAUUGUCAGAUUUAGAAGGCCACACCUUUUGAACGACGAUGGCCAACAUCAACACCAGAGGUGACCGAGCUUAUGCAGUGCUGCUAGACUCAGGAAACUUGGUUCUUCGGCUGCCGGACAAUACAACCGCAUGGCAAAGCUUUGAUCACCCAACUGAUACCCUUCUCCCCAACAAGAAGUUUUUCCUGAGAUACAAGGCACAAGUCGCCAUGCGACUUGUCGCUUGGAAGGGACCGAAUGACCCAUCCACCGGGGACUUCUCCUACCACAGCGACCCCAGAUCAAACCUUCAGGCCUUCAUCUGGCACGGGACCAAGCCAUAUUACCGUUUCAUUGCACUUUCACUUAAUAGAGUGUUAGUGUCCGGUGAAGCAUACGGGAGCAACAUUGCCACUUUGAUGUACAAAUCACUUGUGAACACUAGGGAUGAGUUGUACAUUAUGUACACAACCUCUGAUGGCUCCCCAUACACACGAAUCAAGCUUGACUACAUGGGCAACAUGAGGUUCCUGAGUUGGAACGGGAGCUCAUCGUCCUGGACAGUCAUCUCUCAACAGCCAGCGGCCGCUGGUGACUGCAAUCUCUACGCCUCAUGUGGCCCAUUCGGCUACUGCGACUUCACAUUGGCCAUCCCCAGAUGCCAGUGCCUUGAUGGAUUCGAGCCAAGUGAUUUCAACUCUUCGAGAGGAUGUCGAAGAAAGCAACAGUUGGGAUGCGGAGGUAGGAACCAUUUCGUGACCAUGUCUGGAAUGAAGCUCCCUGACAAGUUCUUGCAAGUCCAGAACAGAAGCUUCGAGGAGUGCAUGGCCAAGUGCAGCCACAACUGCUCAUGCAUGGCCUACGAUUAUGCUUAUGGCAACUUGACCAAAGCCGACACCAUGUCCGAUCAGUCAAGGUGCUUGCUCUGGACUGGGGAUCUUGCUGACAUGGCGAGGGCAAGCCUUGGUGACAACCUAUACCUCCGGUUAGCCGACUCUCCUGGACACACUUCUGAAGAUAAGAAAAAGAACAGAUAUCUAGUGGUGGUUUUAGUCACAAUUAUUCCAUGCCUGCUGAUGCUCACAUGCAUAUACCUUGUCAGGAAAUGGCAAUCAAAAGGCAAACGGAGAAACAACAAAAAUCAGAACAGAAUGCUGCUAGGAAACCUUAGAUCUCAAGAACUAAUUGAGCAGAAUUUAGAAUUUUCACAUGUUAAUUUUGAAUACGUUGUCGCGGCAACAAACAAUUUCAGCGAUUCCAACAUUCUUGGAAAAGGAGGUUUCGGUAAGGUUUAUAAGGGGAAAUUGGAAGGCGGGAGAGAAGUUGCUGUCAAAAGGCUCAACACAGGUUGCACACAAGGGAUAGAGCAUUUUACAAAUGAAGUUGUUCUUAUUGACAAAUUGCAGCACAAAAAUCUAGUUAGGCUUCUUGGCUGCUGUAUUCAUGGAGAUGAAAAGCUUCUUAUUUUUGAAUAUUUACGCAACAAAAGCUUGGAUUACUUUCUUUUUGAUGAUUCAAAAAAGCCUAUACUUGAUUGGCAAACAAGGUUCAACAUAAUCAAAGGAGUAGCCAGAGGUCUUGUUUAUCUCCACCAAGAUUCAAGAAUGAGAGUAAUUCACAGAGAUCUCAAAGCCAGCAAUAUUUUAUUGGAUGAGGAGAUGAGCCCCAAAAUAUCAGAUUUUGGUAUGGCAAGGAUCUUUGGUGGCAACCAGCAUCAAGCAAACACUAAACAUGUAGUCGGGACAUAUGGUUACAUGUCUCCUGAAUAUGCAAUGGAAGGCAUCUUCUCUGUCAAGUCUGACACAUAUAGCUUUGGUGUUUUAGUCUUGGAACUUAUAAGUGGUUGUAAGAUCAGCUCAACUCAUCUUAUAAUGGAUUUUCCAAACCUUAUAGCCUGUGCAUGGAGCUUGUGGAAAGAUGGAAAGGCAGAGAAAUUUGUGGACUCAAUUAUUCUGGAGUGCUAUUCGCUUAAUGAGUUUUUGCUCUGUAUCCAUGUAGGACUGUUAUGCGUUCAGGAAGACCCAAAUGCUAGACCACUCAUGUCAUCAGUUGUGGCCAUGUUCGAGAAUGAAGCCACAACACUUCCUACUUCUAAGCAACCUGCAUAUUUUGUGCCAAGGAAUUGCAUGGCAGAAGGGGCAAGAGAGGAUGCCAACAAGUCUGUGAACAGUACAAGUCUUACCACACUACAAGGACGUUAGAUGUUUAAAUUUCAGAUAUAGCUGGCUGUAGAAUUCACCACUUGAUCAAUUGUGCAAGAACCUAGGAAUAUGAUUGCUUUGUGGGUGUAUGGUUCAUCUUCAAUGGUUUACAAAAAAAAAAAAAA